UCCUUCUCCUGCUGUUUCCCACCUAUCGCCGACAGCAGCCGAGGCCCCGCCAUGGGGAAUGUGCCAUCCGCGGUGAAGCAUUGCCUCAGCUACCAGCAGCUUCUCCGGGAGCAUCUCUGGAUCGCGGAUUCAGUGGCUGGGGCGCUCGACCCCUCGCAGGAAUCAUCCCAGUUCCCCGGACUUCCUGAGUAUGUUAAAGUAGUAGAAGUUGGACCUAGGGAUGGGUUGCAGAAUGAAAAGGUUAUAGUUCCUACAGAUAUAAAAAUUGAAUUUAUCAACCAACUUUCCCAAACUGGGUUGUCUGUAAUAGAAGUGACCAGCUUUGUGUCUUCCAGAUGGGUACCACAGAUGGCUGAUCACACUGAAGUGAUGAAAGGCAUUCAUCAAUACCCAGGAGUUAGAUACCCUGUCCUCACUCCUAAUCUUCAGGGUUUUCACCAUGCUGUUGCUGCUGGAGCCACAGAGAUAUCAGUUUUUGGUGCUGCAUCUGAAUCAUUUAGCAAGAAGAACAUUAACUGUUCUAUUGAAGAAAGUAUGAAGAAGUUUGAAGAGGUCGUUAAGUCUGCAAGGCACAUGAAUAUUCCAGCACGAGGGUAUGUGUCGUGUGCCCUGGGCUGUCCAUAUGAAGGGAGCAUCACCCCACAAAAAGUGACAGAAGUAUCUAAGAGAUUGUAUGGCAUGGGCUGUUAUGAGAUCUCUCUGGGAGACACAAUUGGAGUAGGAACUCCAGGAAGCAUGAAGAGAAUGCUGGAAAGUGUCAUGAAGGAAAUCCCGCCCAGUGUUCUUGCCGUUCACUGCCAUGACACAUAUGGACAAGCCUUAGCCAAUAUCCUUACGGCCCUUCAGAUGGGGAUUAAUGUGGUGGACUCUGCAGUAUCCGGAUUAGGUGGCUGCCCUUAUGCAAAAGGUGCCUCUGGAAAUGUAGCCACUGAGGAUUUGAUAUAUAUGCUUAAUGGGCUGGGGCUCAAUACAGGUGUGAAUCUUUACAAAGUGAUGGAAGCUGGUAACUUCAUUUGCAAAGCUGUGAAUAAAACCACGAACUCUAAAGUAGCACAAGCCUCCUUCAAUGCUUGUCAUGAAUGAAUUUGUGACUUAAGGCUGAGAAGAUCCAUUUCAGCUACAGACAUUCAUCUAAAACUCAUAACUGUCAACUUGUUCUGAAAUGUGAAGUAAUAGAGUGGGAAAAAAGAUACUUUUAAAAAUUAUAACUGGAUACAUUUUGAACUCAAGAGAAAGUAAGACUGGUCAUCAGGUAAACUGCAAGCUGAAACUAAAUAAUAGAAUUUGUAGACAUGCCUUUGAACAUGGAGAACAGUCUGCUCUUUUGCUCUUAUAGAAAUAACUUUUUAAUUUAGUAGACGUGAAAAUUGACUUCAGAUUUCCCUAAGUAUGAAAUACUGUGUUAAAUACCUAAUCAAGCUAGCUUAGCACAGUAUACAUAUUGUCAGUAGUUUACGAGCUCCUGCAUAGUGUGCAAAGUGUGUGGCCUCGAUAUCAUGCAUUAUGCCUCUGGAUCUAACUUCCCAUUUGCCAAGUCAGUUAAAUUAUGGACUAAAUGCCAAAUCUCCAGCCAACCCUACAUAAUUUUUAGCAAUAGAACUUUUACAUUUCAAGUAUGACUAACAUCUGUUAACUAUUUCAAUGACUUUAUCUUGUUCCAAGAGGCUGUGGUCAAUGGCAAGAUGCCAUGUUCUAGAAACAUAUUACGGCCUCCCAUGUUUGUUACAUGCUUCCAGUUUACCAUACUUUUUCUUUCAUCAGUUAUAGUAAAAAACCAGCAUGGUGUUACUCAACUGUUGAGAAACAGAAGGCACAACUUUUCAUCUUGCUGUCUAAAUUACAGUGAUGAGAAUAGGGAGUAGAAGAUUGAUAUGUGUACCGUAAUCCAUGCUCGUAAUUUUCAGAUCACUUCCAAAUUGCCUGAGGAAAUGUUAUUGUGAUCCUAAAAAUGCAUAUUAAACCAAUUUUUAAUUCAUGGGAUAAACUUUUCCAUUGAUUCAGGAUACUUUGAUUAAAUCACACUUUUUUGUUGACUAUUUUAUUGUUAUUUUACAAUUAAAGUGGCUGAAAUUUUAUCUUUUGUACCAGCAAGAAUUGCCAGAUAUAGCAAAAAUUAAUAUAUCAAGUUAGAAGAGGAACAGGAGGACUAUG